AUGUCGACACCGCAAAUCAUUCCCAUGCAUUCGUACGAUGCAAUGCCUACAUUCGCGAAUAUGGUAUUAACCAUUAUGCUUAAAUAUGACCACGUGCUCGACCCCAUUAUGUUGAAAGACGCCAUGGUUGAACUACUUAACAAAGACGGGUGGCGGAAACUCGGGGCGCGGCUCAAAUAUAAGAAAGGCAAUUUAAUCUACCAUAUCCCGGCCGAAUUCACCGAAGCCUGCCCGGCUAUAACCUUUUCGCAUGUACAUUUCGACACCCCCAUGGCGGAGCACCCGGCAGCGAAGAAUAUCCCGACCUCUCGACCAGCGCACGACCUGCCGACGGUGGUGAUGGACGUCGAAACUCUCACCCCGCUGGUUCGGCGCCCCGGCGCUCCGGCCACGCAGCGCGAAUUUAUCGACCGCGCCCUGCCGCAGCUGGAGCUGCAUGUAGUGACGUUCCGCGACGGUACUACCAUUGGCGUCAGCUGUUUGCACUCGCUGCUAGACGGCACGGCGCUGGGCAUGCAAGGGUUGCUGGGCGCGUGGUCGCUCGUAUUGCAGGGCCGCGCCGACCAGGUCCCCGAGACGUGUGGCUUCGACCACGACCCGCUGCGCAACCUCGCCGCGCUGCAUAAACCAUCCGCCCCGCCCUUCCUGCACGCGCGCCUCGUCACUAGCCUGCUGGGUUCGAUGGUGUGGGCGCUGCGGCGUGCCUAUGACGUCUUCUGGCAGCCGGCCGAAGAGACGCGCAUGGUGCGCGUGCCAGGGCGCUUUGUCGAGCGGCUGCGGCAGAAGGCGCUUGAGGAACUCGCGGUCGGCGGCGCGAAGUCGGCCUGGGUUAGCGAGGGCGAUGUAUUGGUUGCGUGGUGGAGCCGUUACGCUACACAGCACCUGCCGCCGGACACGCCGGUAAUGUUGACGGUGGCGUAUAAUAUGCGCAAAGCGCUGGCGGGUGUGCUGCUGCCACCGGCCGACGAGCGCAAGGUUUUCCUGUCGAACUGCGCCACCGGGGUAAUGGCUUAUACGACGGCUCGAGAGCUGGCGGGCGAGCCCGGCCCGACGGCGGCCGAGGUGCGGCGGUCUAUUAAGGAUUUGGGGACGGUGGAGCAGCUUGCGGCCAUGCAUGCUGCGUCGGUACCGGACCCCCGCAACCAGCGAACCACGCGUGUCGUCGGUUCGCCUUGGGGGGAGCUGGUUGUAUUUAGCAACUGGUCGCAGGCCGAGUUUUUCCACAUCGAUUUCGCUCCGGCUGUGGUCGGCGGCGGGGAGGCCAAGGCCAAGGUAGUGCCGAGCUUUAUAAGCUACCGCAUCGAUAGCCGGGCCUGGCCCAUGCGGAAUAUGUAUGUUAUCGAAGGCAAGGACUCGCAGGGUGAUUACUGGCUUGCUGGAACAUUGCGGAAGGGCCUGUGGGAUAGGAUUGAGGCGGGAUUAAAGAGCGAGAGGCUGUAA